GUUUCUAGCGCCAUCUAUCAAAUUAGAAUUGGCGCAUGCGCUCUUCUGGUAAAAUUCUUUCGUUCGGUUUUCUCGUUAAAAAUGGUUGCGACCAAGGUCCAAAAAGCUAAGGCCCCUGUGGGCAAAAAACAUGCCCUUCGUGGCAAAGGCCAGAAAAAGAAGGUUUGCUUGAAGUUCUCAAUCGACUGUACACAUCCGGUCGAGGACAAUAUUAUGGAUGUUGCUAGCUUUGAGAAAUAUUUACAAGAGAGGAUCAAAGUUAACGGGAAAACCGGCAACUUUGGAAAUAAUGUUUCUAUUGAGAGAAACAAGAUGAAAAUCACCGUGUCAAGUGAUAUUGAUUUUUCUAAACGUUAUCUCAAGUACCUUACAAAAAGAUAUUUGAAAAAGAAUAAGCUUCGUGAUUGGUUAAGAGUUGUCUGCAAAGAUCGGGAGACAUACGAAUUGAGGUACUUCCAAAUCAAUAGCCAGGAGGAUGAAGAUGAUGAAGAUGCAGAAUAAAUUAAAAAAAUGUAAAUUUAUGAUUUUCAAUAAAAUUACAUUUUUCUUUA